UGUCUACAAGACUGGGAUUGUAAUAGGCAUUUUGGGCACAGAUCAGACAUAAUGAAACUUCUGGUGGCAAUUACUUGUGUUUUAGCAAUCUCCGGUCUUGUUCUUGCUGACUGGAUGCAUCCUCAUUAUAGUUUCAGAUGUCGUGAGAGUGUAGGAAUAGACAUUUUUGGAAUCCACAUUAAUAGCAGAGUUACCAUUUUGAAUGCGACGUGCAAUAAUACUCUGCUUCAACAACAUAAUGGAAUUUUUAAUAUUUCCUAUGCUUGUACCAAAGAAGUGAAGGAGGGAAACACUACGGCACGUGAAGUCGAAAUAAGUGUUAUUGAUCCAAUUUUUGAUGGAAGCACAACUACUACUGCACCUACCACUACAAAAGCGACGAAUGCUACUACAAAGGCUCCACUUUUUAUUGGAGGACACAAAGAGCACAGAUUUACAUUAAGAUGUCUCAAAAUUCCAGAUACUGGAGUUAAUAAAACCGUAGCUCAUGUUUUCCAUGGAGGGCCCCACAAACUACCCGACAACCACAAAGAGGUGUUUCCUGUUGAGAUGCGCUUUAAGGCAACAGAGAACAUUAAAGCUCCUGAUAUCAGUGAGAUCUAUAUUGGAGAUGAAUUCUUUAUGUUUCUUAUAUAUACUGGAGUCUCUAAGUACAAAGUGAUACCUAACUCUUGUACAGCGUACGCAGGAACAGUUGUCCCUGGGAAAUCCGAUAAGCAGGUCCCUCUGUGGGAUGAAACGAAUAAGAAUGGAAAUGGAUGCAAUGUGCAAAAAGAAUUACUAGACUCAAUAAAUCCAUACAACAACAAAAAUAAUACCAUUGCUGCAAAAAUGUAUGGGUUCAAGUUUGAAGAAAGUAAUUUCAUUACUAUAUCUUGUGAAGUUGGUGUUUUCCCAGAGAAUUCUCUAAAGAAAAUAUGCACAUCAACCAGACGAAGAAGGGAUACACGACUUGGGAGAAGGAAUCUUGUAGAUACUGCGAUUCAGAGGAAGAACGUUGUCGGCAAAUUAAGAGUAGUUGACCAUCCCUCUGAAUAUAAGAAUAUGGCCAGUAAAACUGGAAGUAAGCUUGGUUCAUUUGAAUGUGUCAAGCUGUCCCUUGGAAUUAUGAUGUUGUUGUUACUUUUCAGCAUAUUCAAGUGAAAGAACUUUGUUUUUUAACCAGAUUGUAUAAUUUUUUGUUUCAUAUUGGCAUGUAAACUGUAAUUUAGACAUAUGUAUCGGAAGAAGCAUUGAAAAACGAGUGUAUUUACGAACAUGAAUGUCAGAAAAGAAAUCAAUAUCAACGGAAAUUAAAGUUUUUUUUUGCAUAGAUAUUGCUGUGUUGUUUAUUAACGGAAAUGCAAAAAAUAUAUACAUUCAGAAUAUGUGAUAAUUUGUCUUAUUUUCAUUUUUCAGAAAUUCUGUUGCAAUUUAUUUGAAUCCUUAAUAAAUUGAAAUGAA